AUGGAGCAAUUCACCCGAAGUUCUACCAGAAAAAAUACAAGAAGGAAAUCAGAAUUUUUUUGUGGGGCUCGAUCAACCACUCUUUACACUCCUCGACAUGUUUCAAUAAAGGAAGAAGAAAAUUUACUGUCGACGAGUUUAUUCGAAAAGCUGUCACAAAUAAUUGAUCCAGAAAAAGCCUCAAUUGAAAGCAUCCAAGACACAUUUGUAAAUUUAAUUAUACCUAUUUUAUAUAUAAAUAUAUAUAAUUUAGUCAUAUAAAUAUUUAAUAAAAACUCAUAUUUAAUCAGCAUAAAUCCUUCACUCAUUCUAAUUGAGUUGAAUUGUUAUUACUUGAGGACAAUGCACUCCGGGUAUGCGGAAGAAAACAAUCAAUACAAACAUUAAUAAUUGAUGAAACAACAUCUUUACCAGGAUUGACUGCGUCCAAGCAAGAGCCGAUACUUAUAUAGAGGUUUCCUCUAUAUAACGCUGAAAGCGCAGACAUUUUCCCAUGAGCUUUCCUAGUUCGUCGGACCAAAUCGCUUUUUGGUCCGACCAAGGCAUUGAUUUGGUGCAACCAACCGAUAAAUUCCGAUCAGAAUUUAUCGGCCUUACAGCGCCAAACAUAGGAAACUCCUAUAACCAAUUCACACACAUCAGUAUUUUAUGCACAAUUUUCUAUUAAAUUGUCUGCUUAUUCAACACUUACAAAAACAGCUACCAAGCCUACAUCGACUGCAUGCAUUCCAUUAUUUGUAAUUAAUAUUUAGGACAUUGAUCAGAAACUGUAUGGCGUGGUGCAGCUGUUUAACAAGCAGGAAAGAACGAACUCAGCUAAUAUGUUUACAAAUGAGGAUGUCAAUACUGUUCAAAGUAUUGGAAGACUUUUUGGGGAAAUUUUGGGAAAAAAUAAUUUCAAUGAUUUUUUAUAAAUAUUUUAUUUUUUUGAAAUUUUAUAGAAUUCUAGAAAUUUUGCAUUCUAGGAAUAAAUAUUUUGAUGUGAAAUUCGAUUAUUCACAAAGCGCCAGCUUUCUGUCAGACCAAAUUGAUCUUUUCAAAACUGUGAAUCACAUUACUAGAAGAAAAAGAUUAUUAACUGAAAUCCAAUAUAUUUUAGAAGCAAAUCCUACUGUAAAUUGCAGCAUAAUAAAGGUUAUGAAUGAUAUUAUGGACAGCGUAUCUACAGUACUCCUGCUAAACAACCAUGGAAGCCUUCAUACUUUUAUAUCUGCAGGCGAAAAACUAGAUUUAGAAGCAGUCGAAAAAUUCUCUGAAUAUCGAGUGAUCUCUUAUAAUGAAAUCAUAAACAUCCGUGAUUUACAAAGUGAGCCUCUAUGUUCCAAAACAGUUUCCUCCUUAUAUAAAAACUGCUUAAUUUGUCCAAUAAAAUCUCCUCAAAAUGAAAAAAUUGGUGCCUUAUUUUUCUUCAGAGAAAUCCAAGAAUUCAAAAAAAUAGACGAGUUGCUUGGUGAAGAAAUCUGCAAGAUGCUUGGCAAUAUUUCUAUACAAAACUUCGUCGAUAAGACUAAAUUCAUUGAAAACUCAAUAACAUCUGAAGAAGUUAAAGGAAUUAUUAACAGCUUCUAUCACUAUACCUUAAAAAAGUCUGGAAAGUUAUUUGAUUACGGAGAAAUGAUCAGAGAAAUUAAGCGAAAAAUCUGCAAAAUAAUACAAGUGGAUUCAUGUAGUGUUUAUAUUGCAGAUCAGCAUGAAAAAAGCCUGUGAACCACUUCGGAGUUUUCUGAUAUCACUGUGGUGCCGAGGUCUCAAGAAACUUUAUUAUGAAAUGCAUAUGAUUUGAGAAGCACUGUGCAUCUUCCUAAUGAAGAAUUUGAUGAUUUAGGAGAUAUUGAUAUUUAUAAAGACAAAGAUGUAUUAUGCACUGCAAUUCUGGGAGAAAAAUUAAAAGAUCCAGUUACAGGAGUGAUUCUUAUUACAAGGGAGUCUCCUCCGUUUUCUAAAGAUGAGAUUUGGAUGCUUGAAAAAUUCACUAUGGGGUUAGGUAGGAUUUUUGAUUCUUUAUUUAUGCAAUUCCUGCCUGAUUGACCAUAUAUAGUUACUGAAUCUCCCCCUUUUAAAAUUUGUACAAAAUAUAGGUAAAUUUUCAAUUUUGGGUCCUUUCAAUUGCAUCAAAUUUUUUCAAUACAAAAAUUUUAUAAGCGAAAAUACUUACUUUUAUAAGUUUUUUUGAUUUAAUUAGUGGGAAAAGUUCAAGUAGAAUAAUAUCUAAACAGUUUUCACACUGAAGCAAUUUAAUUUUUAAUUAAUUCUUCAUAAAAAUAGAUAAAAUCUAAAGUAUUGCAUUCAAUUUUAAUUUUUUUAUAUAGGGAAAAUUUAAUAUAAUUUGUUUUUUAAAAAAUAAACCCUUUAAAUUGGAAAGUUAUUUUUUGUUCCAAAUUAAACGGGGGGAGUGAGCCAAAAUCUGCUGAUAUUUUAAUGAAAAGUCCUCCUACCUUUUUUGAGGAAUCAAAAUUAAAAAUCAGAGGAAAUUUUCAUCGCUCAGGAUCAAUUCCACUAUCUAGAGGAAGAUUGGAAUCUUUUGAUAUGAUAGAGCUUAGAUCAAAAAAUAGUAAAAAAGAACGAUUUGUCAAAAACAUCACAACAGUUAUUAGCAUGCCAUUUGAGAAACUAGAAGGAUUAAAAAGCAGCCUUUUUUCAAUACAAUAUUCAGAAGAGCCUCUUAAAGAUUUUACAGAGAGUCUUUCAAAAAUUGUUAAUUGUAAAAAAUCAUCACUUUAUUUGUAUGAUAAUUUUAGAAAUCAAAUAUUAUUCUCAUUAGGACAGAUUAAAUGAUGCGCCUAUUCCUCAUAGAAAAUAAAUUUAUAAAUAUUAAGUCUACAUAAAUAGAUAUAGAUUUUUACAGAAAAUUCCCUUUACCCCCAAAAGGGCUCGUUAAAAAAUGCAUAGACGAUCGCAACACAAUUUACAUCCCUUCCAAAGCUUUUUUAAACCUUGAUUUUUCUCUUGAUAUUGAUGCUUUUCACAGCACUUCCCCAGUAGACUCAAUUUUACUUGUCCCAGUCAUGCAUAUUUCUGGGAAUAUUCUAGGAGUCAUCAUUUUUGUCAAUUUCGACCAUGAAUUAUCAGAAGAGGAAAUAUCAAGCAUAAAAUCAUUAGCUUUUAUUUUAUGAGAAAUUUCUCUGUGCACUGACAAAGAUUCUAAUAACUGAAAAAGCGUUGUUGAAGACUAUAGGAAAAUGACUAUGUUUAAGCAGUGAUAUAAGCAAAUUUAUUCAGUAUCUAACAGCACUUUUCAAAAAUUGGCGUUUUGUAAGGAAGUAGCUUUUAAGGUUGUCACACAAGAAAAAUUUGAAAAUCUAUUGCAAACAGCCUUUGAUGUGAUUAAUGCAGUAACUAAUGCAGAGAAAUGUACGAUUAUUUAUAAAGACUAUGAUGGAUAUUAUGAGUUUUCGAAAGAGCAGAUUUUUGUUGCAACUCAAUAUGCAGAUCAAGAAAUUUCUUUUUAUAAUAAAAUCUUCAAAGAUGGGAUUACAGUGACUUCACAGCCAAAUUCGAAUUCUUAUUCAAUUAUUUAUGUCCCAAUAUUUUUUAACGCAGAAUGUAUAGCAAUGCUUAGAGUUAUCAAUAAAAAAGAUGCAACAUUAAGAUCAUAUAUAGAUUUUACCUCACAAGAUGAACAAUUUUUAUUAGAGUUUGUAAAAUCAUUAGCAAAUCCUAUAAAAGACAACCCAACACCUUCAAGCGAAUCUUUAAAGCAGCUAACACAAACUAUUUGCCAAGCUGCAGCUAACUAUAAAAAUAACUCAACUUUGAUUACUAUUAGGACAGCUGCUCAGCAUUUAUUUGACUGCGAGCUAUCAGUAAUUUAUUCACUUAAAGGAUCUAAAUUAACAAUAAGGCCUCAAGGACUAGAACAUGAAGCCCCUGAAGGACACUCACUCGAAAUCGGCCAAGGAAUAGCUGGAUUUGUAGCUUUGAAUCGAAAGACCGAAAUAAUUGAGUCUGUGUAUUCUGAUAAACGGUUCGACCCUAAAAUUGACAAGCUAUCAGGGUAUAAAACUUCUAAUAUGAUGUGUAUGCCAUUGGUUGACUCAUAUGGUAAAGUCAUUGGGGUUCUUCAGCUGAUAAACAAGCGAAAUGGCUUUUUUACAGAAAAAGAAAUCCCUGCAUUAGAAGAUUUUGCAGAAAUUAUGAUCGCUUUUAUACAGAAUGGGGAACUUAUAAGGAAAAUAAUUGAAGAAAAAUCGACUUUAUUAGAAAUAUCAAAUUCUAUAGCUGAUUAUAUAUUAGUAAUCAAUAAUGAAGAGAAGCUUUAUUAUACUAAUAAGCCAAUUGAGCCGAUAUUUGGUGUUUCUGAAGGAGAAGUUGCUAAAUUAUCAUACUUUGCUUGGCUGCAUGGAAAUAGGCAGCUGAUAGAGGAUAUUGGGACUGUCAUGCAUAAUCCUGAGCAAAAAAUAAGAAAAACAUCACAAAAAAUAAAAAAAGCAGGCAGAAAAAUUUCGUCGUUCCAAACAGAAAUUGAUGGGAAAAACGCAAAUAAAACUUUUAAUUAUAGAAUUAUGCAGCUACAAAGCUCUAACACAGACUAUUUGACUGGAGUUGUUGUGAUAUUAGAAGAUGCAAGUGCUUUAGAAGCGCUUCAGUCUGAGUUCAAAGAAGUUCAAAACCAUUUAAGGUCUAUGGCUGUUCCGUUUAAUACUGAAACUCAGCUUCAAGUUUGCAUCAGUGAGCUGAAUUUUAUAUCUUCAAAUGUAGGGAAUGAGCAUAUCAGUGAACAAAUCCAAGAAAUCAUAGGAAGACUAAAAGCAGGUGGACUUACCAAGCCAAAGGCUCCAAAUUUAAAUGAUAAACUGCGAUCGAUUCUGAAUAUGACCACAGCUGAUCAGUUUGAAAAAGACAGUUCCCCACUGCAUGAAUUUACGUUUACAAUGCCUACACAAGACAAAAUAGUACCUUUAGAAGUCCUGCGCAAUUGGAAUCUGAACGCUUUUCAAGUAGAUAACGAGUUUAACUGGAUUUAUACGAUGUUUCAUGAUUUCAGUUUAAUAGCUACCUUUAAGAUUGAAGAAAACACUCUAUUUAGCUUCAUUUCUAGUCUCAAAAAUAUAUGCGAGCAAAGGAAAAACCCUUUUCAUAAUUUUUAUCAUUGUUUUAAUGUCAUGCAUGCCAGUUAUAUGCUGCUUUCUAUAACCCCUGCAGGAGGCUAUUUUGAAGUAAACGACAUCCUCGCUCUACUAGUUGCAGGAAUUUGCCAUGAUUUAGACCACACAGGAAGAACGAAUAUGUAUGAAGUAAAUUCCAGAUCAGAGUUUUCUAUAUUAUAUCAUGAUAAAAGUGUAUUAGAACAGCAUCAUGCAGCUGUUGCAUUCCAAACGCUUCAAGAUGACAAAAAUAAUAUACUAAAAGCAGUAUCAAGAGAAAAUUAUAUGAAUAUUAGAAAAAUGAUAAUUAUGGCAAUAUUAGGAACUGAUAUGUCAAAACACAUUUCUAUGAUUUCAAAUAUGACUGCGAGAUUUAAUGAUUUAUUAAUAAAUCCUAUAGGAAAAGUGGCGAAAGAUAAAGAAAAAUUAGGGCAAUUAAUUUUGCAUUGUGCUGAUUUAGCUCACCCGACCAAGCCAUUUAGGAUUUAUGAAAUGUGAUCAAUGCUGGUUUGUCAAGAAUUUUCGGACCAAUAUGCUGAUGAAGAAAGAAAUGGCCUGCCUUUAAGUGUUUUUAUGAAAGAUUUGGAUAGGCCUCAAGUUUAUUAUUCAAAUGAAAUCGGCUUUUUGAAUUAUGUUGUGGUGCCUGUUUGGAAGUGCUUGAAUUUGCUGGUUCAGCCUAGUAUUGAUUUUGUGCUUGAAGGAUUAGAAAAUAAUAUAGCUACUAUGAAGCAGAAGCUUGAAGAUUGGAAAGAGGCUGAAGGUUAA